UAAGAUCUUGGUAGUGAUUCACGGUGGUCGGUGGUUAUGGACACUCUCCGGUUUGAGUUAAGCUCGGCCUCCUUCACUUCCGCUGUCGCCGCCACUUCUUUACACAGUCACUCACGCCAUUUCUUCUCCUCACUGCAACUCGGCCGAGUCGGCUCAUCAUCUCCGGCGAUCACAUCGGUCGCGAGGACGACGGUGAAUGAAAUCUGCACGGCGGACGAACUUCACUACGUUCCUGUUCCCAAUUCCGAUUGGCGCCUUGCUCUCUGGCGAUAUCUUCCUUCCCCAAAGGCACCAAAGAGGAACCAUCCUUUGCUUCUACUGUCAGGAAUUGGGACCAAUGCUGUUACAUACGAUCUUUCCCCUGAGUGUUCUUUUGCAAGAUUCAUGUCUGGAUCAGGAUUUGAUACAUGGAUUCUUGAGCUCCGUGGAGCGGGGUUGAGUUCUUUAAGUGUCGAUACAAAUCUAGAGAAACCGGGAGGAACGUUAUCUAGCAAUAACCAGCAGCGGAUAGUCUCGAAUCUAUUGGAGAAUUUCAUAAGUGUAUCUGAAAGGCUGGAAAAUGUUCUUGAUGGAGGUUCCAAAAUCCUUGGGAUGCAAGACCGUCUAUCGAAGAGAGCGAGAGAUUUCAAGCAGCGGCUUGAACUUAUCCCUCAUUACAAUUGGGAUUUUGAUACCUAUCUAGAAGAAGAUGUUCCUUCUGCGAUGGACUAUGUAAGGACUCAAACCAAGUCAAAAGAUGGAAAGUUGCUCGCAGUUGGUCACUCAAUGGGUGGUAUCUUGUUAUAUGCCUUGCUCUCCAGAUGUGGCUUUAAAGGAAUGGAUUCAGGUUUGGCUGCUGUCGCCACUCUUGCAUCGACAUUUGACUACUCAUCCUCAGGAACACUCCUCAAGUACCUAUUACCCAUGAAAGAGCCAGCACAAGCUAUUAACCUGCCUAUCAUGCCGAUUGACACAAUGCUCGCUAUGGUUCACCCUCUUAUGUGUCGUCCUCCAUAUGCUUUGUCUUGGUUAACUGCUAAUAUCUCUGCUCCUCAAAUGAUGGACCCAGAAGUGAUUGAGAAGCUUGUUUUGAACAGCUUAAGCACGGUACCAGUUAAGCUUCUCUUGCAGCUAACAACAACCGUGGACCACGGUGGGCUGCGUGAUAGAACCGGUACUUUCUGUUACAAGGAUCAUAUCAGCAAAACCAAUGUGCCUAUCUUAGCUCUUGCAGGGGACUGGGACAUAAUCUGCCCUCCCGAUGCAGUAUACGAUACUGUAAAGCUGAUUCCAGAACAUCUAGCUACUUUCAAAGUUUUAGGGUCACCCGGAGGUCCACAUUAUGGCCACCAGGAUCUAAUCUCUGGUCGAUCGGCUCCAAACGAAGUAUAUCCUCUGAUUACUCGGUUUCUUCAACAACAUGAUGAGAUUUAAGAUCAACGAGAGUUCAAAUGGAUUUUGGUUCUUGUUUCUGUACAUAAAACAUUCCAUACAUACUUUUAUAUGUAUACAAAUCUUCACACAGUUAGGAGCUUAUUGUACUCCGAACUCACAAGCACUGUAGUAGAAAUUAAACUCAAAUGAUACCU